AUGGAAAUCGUUCAAUACAGCGACAGCACCAACGAGGGCCAGUUCAACAGCAAGAGGGAUUCCCGCCAUUGGCGAUACACCCGCCGUUCCCACCACUCCAUCACCCUGCACCAUCCCCUCGAUGACGUCAAUACCGAAGGAAUCACCAUUCACAGCAGCGUCAUCGAGGGUUUCAAUGAAUUCAAUACGGUGUACAUUAGUGAGGAACUGGGAGAGUCAUAUCAACACGAAAGACGGCUAGGCGAGGGUGGGUUUGGAUAUGUGGACAAAGUGAAGGACCAGGACGGUGUCCGCUACGCCCUUAAAACCUUCAAGAUCCAGAAGAUGGAUCAGAAGGAUAUCGAGAGGGAAGUAGCUGCACUGAUGGUGACCGCAGAGAACCCCCAUCCGAACAUUGUUGUCUUCCUGCGUCGUUUUGAAGGCCCUUCAUCGACCUGCCUUCUCUUUGAAAUGUGCUCUGGACUGGACUUGGGAAGUCUCUUGGAUGCCCGCGGCAGUCUGACAGAGCCAGAGGUCCACUACUUUGGAAAACAGGCCACAGCUGCCCUGAAACAUCUGCACAAGCUGGGGUUUGCCCACGCAGAUGUGAAGCCGCAGAAUCUGUUAUUAACAGAUGCGAUGACGAUCAAGUUGGGCGACCUGGGUUUCGCCGAGGAUGUGGAAAAAUUCGACUACUGGAGGAAGCUGGGUACGGCGGGUUACAUGGUCCCUGAGGUCGUGGAGGAGAAUGGGUACCACUCCUUUGCAUUGGACAUUUGGUCGCUGGGCUGUGUCCUUUAUAAGAUGGCCGAGGGAGAGCUGCCUGGCAUAACCGAUUGGGAUGACGUCGACAGAACUGCAGAUCCUGUUCGAUACGCAGUUCACCUCCCAAAGGCACUUCGAAAACUCCUCGGUCGCAUGCUCCACCUCGUCCCCAUUCAGAGAUAUACUGCCAAGGAUAUUCAAAAAGACCAGUUCCUUACCACCGGCCAGGUCAUCCAGGAUGUGCUCGCCCAGGAGGAACUCACUCAGACGGAAGCCAUCCAGGAAGAGGAGUCCAUCACCAUUGAUGACUCAGACCCAAGACUUGAGAGCGAGGACGUCCGAGCUUUUAUGGACAAUAUGAAAGUGGCCUUGGCACUCUGGACUCGGGAGAAGAGGAAGCUCGAGGAGGAUGCCAAGAAGAUCGCUGUCAAGGAUCGCCACCUUCUCUGA